AUGGUGGAGGUAAUGAAAGCACCAAAUGGAACAGUGAGGAAUUUUAACACACAGUCUAUAGGACUUGUGAAUUGCAUUAUCAGAAGACCAACUAACGGGAAAUUAAUCGGGUAUAACACAGAUUAUGUUGGUGCUAUUUCUGUAAUUGAGGAUGGGUUACGAGGUAAACAUAAUGGUAGUAGCACAACUGUUUCUCCAUUAGCCGAUAAGUUGUUUGUUGUAAUUGGGGUCGGUAGUGCUGGAAAAGCAGUUCCUUAUGGUGCAAAAGAGAAAGGAGCAAGGGUUGUGAUUGCGAAUCGUACCUACGAUCGAGCCAGAGAACUUGUUGAUGCAAUUGGAGGAGAUGCUUUAUCCCUUUCUUAUUUGGAUAAUUUCCAUUCGGAGGAUGGUAUGAUUCUUGCAAACACAACAUCAAUUGGAAUGAUACCAAAAGUUGACGAGACGCCUAUUUCUAAGCAUGCUUUGAAACCUUACUCCCUUGUUUUUGAUUUUGUGUACACACCCAAGAUGACUAGACUGUUGAAAGAAGCAAAAAAAGCAGGAGUCACCAUUGUGAAAGGAUUUGAGAUGUUUUUAGGGCAAGCAGAUGGUCAGUUUGAGAAUUUCACUGGAUUGCCUGAAGCUCUUCAGAAAAAUUAUGAAAGAUUAUUAAUGAGACAUUUCAACGUGAUUGGAUCAGACCCUAAUGGAAAUUUGGGUGAGGCUCCUUGGCCUGAACUGCGAGAGCAAGGUCGAAUAUCAGCUUGCUUUGAUGCUGCUCGUGGUAUUGUACCUGGUUUAAAGGUAAGAGAAACAGACUAUAAGACGGCUGAUGGAACUUGCAUACGAGAUUAUAUCGAUGUAACUGACCUGGUCGAUGCUCAUGUAAAAGCUCUAGAAAAGGCACAACCUGCUAAAGUUGGGAUCUACAAUGUUGGCACUGGAAAGGGUAGUUCAGUGAAGCAGUUUGUGGAAGCUUGUAAAAAGGCGACAGGGGUGGACAUUAAAGUGGAAUUCCUUCCUCGUCGUCCUGGUGAUUAUGCUGAGGUGUACAGUGACCCAAGAAAGAUCAAACGUGAACUGGAUUGGAGUGCUAAGUACACUGAUCUUCAACAGAGUUUGAGGAUUGCAUGGAGAUGGCAGAAAUCUCAUCGUGAUGGUUAUGGGGUUUCAAAUGAAUUGCGUUGAAUUACUUGAAAUUCUACCAAUGAAACCCCUGCUGCAAUUCUAUUUAUCUAUUUAUAUAUUAGAAAAUUUAUUCUUAGGGACCCUGUAGUUCAUUCGUUACAUGAAUUCACCUUAUUAUAUGAUUCAAUAAUAUAAUGCUGAGCCCCUAUUAUAGCUUUCUUCAAUAUCCUACAAUCAUAUUUCAACUCUUU